GCUUUUGUUUUCGGCGGCGUAGCAGCCCGCUCGAGCCAGUACAGGGAUACGGCAGUCUCUCCGCAGCCUUGUGACGAGUCACGUCGCAAUAAAGUCAUAUAUAUAUUCAUAACCUUAGUAUUUUCGAUUAUUACCCACUGCCAUCCUCACAGUUCAGAAGUGGGAUCGAGGAUCGGUGUUCGGGAUCGCGAUUCGAUACGAGGAUUGAGAUUCGAAUACGGGAUUCGCAAUUUGAGAUCGUGAUAACGGCGAUCGAUUGUGGAGAGAUUUUGAGUGGAAAAUCGCGAGAGUUUGGCGCGACGGACACGGUGUCGAGACGCGAUACGUUGUUGUGGCUGAAGUAUUCUGAAUAGCCUACGUUUACUAUCAGAACGCGAUGAAUCCGAGCCGGUACAGGAAGGUGCAGCUCGUAGAGCUAUUGAAGAAGAGGCAGCUUCCGACUCAUGGAAGUAAAGGUGAAAUGAUUGCUCGACUGCAAGAAGCAGAUCCUGAAAACUUGUGGCUGCACGAGUACGAGAGUGCAGAGGCGGAUGGUGUCGCACGGCUGGACAUAGGUGACCAGGAGUCGUCGCACGUACCUCAGGCCAGAGUUCGUCAGGAUGAUGGUGUGCCAGACGCAGUAAGAAAGCUCGAAUACAUACGAAGAGAACGUGUUCUUAUGGAACGAGAGAUGCGCUUGCUAGAGAGAGAGAAUCAACUCUUACGUAGCGGCAGCAGUACGACAAGCAGCGGUACAGGUCGUGUAACCGAGGUGUCGUCGAGAGUCAAUAUCAAGGCGAUCAGCGAAUUAUUGAGCGAGUUCGACGGAUUAGAAGGAACAUUCCGGAACUGGGAAAAACAAGCACAAUUGUUGAUUUCGACAUAUCAGUUGGACGAUAAGUAUGCGAAGAUUAUGUUGGGCAUGCGCCUGAAAAAUAAAGCGCUCGAGUGGUUUCAUUCUUGCCCUGCGCACAUUGAAUUGAGUGUGGAAGAAUUACUGUCGAAGAUGCGGAGGAUGUACGAUCAUAAGGAGAGUAAGCUGAAGCUCAGAAGACAGUUCGAGCAGAGGACGUGGAAACCGGAAGAAACGUUUAGUGCAUAUUAUCAUGAGAAGGUCAUUCUCGCAAAUUGGGUUCCGAUAGAUGAAGAAGAGAUUUUGGAAUACCUGGUGGAAGGCAUAUCCAACAUGCAGUUACGUAAUCAAGCUAAGUUGCAAAAAUUCGAAACCAAGUUUGACCUGUUAACGGCGUUCGAGACUAUAAGCUUGGAAGAGAUGAAAGGCCAGGCUGAGCGCGGACAUAAAGGACAAGUCAAGGAAACGAAGGAUGGACGAGUUUCGUUGAAGGCAGCCGUCGCCAAGGAGCUACCGCAGGAGUCGAGUGCACCGUCGAAGAAAGUGAAGUGUUGCAAUUGUAAUAAGUUUGGACACGUUUCCAGAGACUGUAAGUUACCAAAAAGAGAAAAAGGGGCUUGUUUCAAGUGUGGUGAGAAGGGCCAUACCGUUAAUGAAUGCAAAACCAAGGUAAAAACAGAACAGGUUGCGCUUGUAAGUACGGAACACGUUGAUAACGAUUUUCAGAACGUAGUUACGUUAAAAAUAAAUUAUGCGAUUGGAAAUUAUGAGAUCAAAGUAGACGCCUUAUUUGAUACGGGUAGUCCCAUUACGUUUGUGAAAGAAAAAUUUAUUCCGACAUGUUUUGUUAAGGUUGAUAAUUUUAAUAAUUAUUGCGGGAUUAAUAGCAGUAAAUUAAGUGUAAUCGGAACGGUGUAGUAGAUAUGGUAUGCGGAAAGUUUAAAGACAACGGAAUUUAUGUUUAUGUUGUUGAUAAUAACACGAUGUCGUCAUCUAUGAUAAUCGGUAGAGAUGUGAUGAAGAAAUAUAAUAUUUGUUUAUCUACCGUAAGUAACAUCGAAAGUGAAACGAAUGAGUACGAAAUAUUAAAUAUUGAUGUUAGUGUGAAUGAUAAUAUAAGCGAAUCGUUAAAUGUUAAUCCAGAAAUUUCGUAUGAUGUAAAUGAGAAGUUGAAAUGCGUUUUUGAGAAAGAAUAUGUACAAUCAGAGCGACCGUUAAAACCGAAAGUUGAUGUGGAAAUGAAAUUGCGAUUAGAUAAUG